GUGGCAGUCAGACCAUCGCGCACAGCUGUGUUUCAAAUAGGGAAAACAUUUUGCGUUAAAAAACAAAAAAAAAAGAAACCAAAAAAACAAAACAAAAACAAAAGUGUGCGUUAGUUAGACCAGAAUCCAUGCAUGGUACGGAUGGUACAAGUUCUGACGCCCGUCGCCGACUCUUCCCCUGAUUCCACGCGCCGGGUUUGGAGACACUGUACGCUGUGAGACUCCAGGGGUUCAUGUACUGGAAAAAUGAAGUUUUGUCCCCUCUCUCAGAGGGAAGUAAGAUUCUGUCCGACGGAAUUCCCACGAAGCAGGUGAUCUCUACGGAGCAUCGGAGUACACCGGGAGCCUCGCGCUGCAGUGUGGACUCUACACACGCGCCAAUGUCUCACUCGGACGGAGAAUCCCAGCGGUCCAACAUGGAGCGGGAGGACACUCGCUCGUCCCCGAGCACGCCUUCCUCCACCCCUUCCGUGUGCUCGCCGACCUCCACCACCAGCUCGGUGCCGUCCACCGGGAAGAACGUGUGCGCCAGCUGCGGUCUGGAGAUCCUGGACAGAUACUUGCUGAAGGUGAACAACCUGAUCUGGCACGUGCGCUGUCUGGAGUGCUCCGUCUGCAGGACGUCGCUGCGCCAGCACAGCAGCUGCUACAUCAAAAACAAAGAGAUCUUCUGCAAAAUGGAUUAUUUCAGUAGGUUUGGUACUAAGUGUGCCCGCUGUGGGCGACAGAUAUACGCCAGUGACUGGGUGCGCCGCGCAAGGGGAAACGCAUACCACUUGGCAUGUUUUGCAUGCUACUCGUGUAAGAGGCAGCUGUCCACGGGAGAGGAGUUUGGCUUGGUGGAGGAGAAGGUCCUGUGUAGGAUUCACUACGACACCAUGGUGGAGAACCUCAAACGAGCGGCUGAGAGUGGCAACGGUAUCACGUUAGAAGGAGCAGUUCCGACAGAACAAGACAGUCAACCCAAACCGGCAAAAAGGGCACGGACAUCCUUCACUGCAGAACAGCUACAGAUCAUGCAGGCUCAGUUUGCCCAGGACAACAACCCAGAUGCCCAGACGCUACAGAAACUGGCCGACAUGACAGGCCUCAGCAGGAGAGUUAUACAGGUGUGGUUUCAAAACUGCAGAGCAAGACACAAAAAGCACACGCCCCAGCACAGUGGGGCUCCGCAAGGUCAUCCCCAGUCCAGGAUACCCUCGUCCCUGCCUGAUGAGCUGCAUUACUCCCCCUUUGGCAGUCCUGAGCGGGCGCGCAUGGUGGCCCUUCAUGGGUACAUUGACAGUCAUCCCUUCUCUGUGCUGACCUCUCAGAGUCUCCCUCACCAGGCCAUGUCAUUGCCCCAGCUCCCCCUCAGCCGCUAGCACUCCACUAUGACCCCUAACCUCCGGACCAUAACCCUUGAUCUCCUUUCAGUGACGUCUGCCAACCUGACCCGGAGGUCAAGCAGGAGUCAGCUCGGAGAAAAGACAAAUCUUACAGGAGCCCUGCCUGCUCGGAAACAGAAAAAGCAAUGGAUGAAAGCUGAAAAACGUCAUUUUGUUUUUGUUUUUUUUUCUCUGAGGACAGGAAUAUCCCACCUGCAGCCGGUCUUGUGAAAUGAUCAUGAAGCAUUUAUCAUUAGCAGGAAAUCACAGACUUUAUUUUACAUCACCAAAAGGACCCAUUUUGC